UAGAAAUACAACAAAACAUAGUAGAACAAAUGGUUUGUCACCUAUGCAUUCAUACAAACAUUAUAGUGAUGGUAAUAAUUGCUAGUUCAUACAGUAACGAAUCAGUAAACAUCUCAUGAGGUCACAAACACAAUCCAUUUUUCCCAGUAUUGCAAGAAUUUAUCAACCGGAAGAUUUAGCAAAACAGUAAUUCUCUCCACUUUGAAUAUUGGUCACAUUAUCUAUCCAGUCAGCCUUUGUUGGAGGUUCGGACUGUAACCGUUUUCAUGUUACAGCUUUCUUGCUGGCUGUUAAUAAUAUCUUUUAUAGAUAUAUACGUCCUUCACAUAAGUGAGCUGAAAUAUUGCCCACAUUAUAUAUUUUUUAUUUAAAAAGAAAGAUAUUGUGACUAAUAGUUGUAAUUCCUGCUGAGGAAAAUGAAGCAAGGUUGUUUUUCCCUCCAUUAAGGACGUCAUCAUAUUAUCACUGUUGUGUGUGUUUCUUUGACAGUGAUGUAUGCUGAUAGUGGCUGCUUGUGUUUGUUUGUCUGCAUGAGUCACGCGCAUCUUCAAGUUGUUUGGUCUCCGUCCCAGAGAGCAUUGUUUGUUUCUUUCCUCCUCCGGUCCGAGACACUGUAGAUGGACUCACUCUGCAUUCAGACACUGGCCUGAUGUAAUCACUAACCCGACUGAAAUCUUCCAAGGUCAUAGCUGGCCAUCAAUUUUCAGGCUUUGAGAAAACAACAACACACCCUCCUGCACAAACACACACACACACACACACACACACACAGUUGUGUUUCCCUCACUUUAGAGGAUAUGACAUUGACUUACAUUGAUUUACCCUUAACCUAACCUUAAACCAAGUCUUCACCCCAAAAUGUAAUGAUUUACGUUAUAGGGACCUGCAUUUCAUCCCCAAAAGGAACGCGAGUCCCCACAAUACGGUCACAAUGAAGAGUCUGCAGCUAAAAGAGAGGAGAGUUUCGACAAAGAGACACAGAUCGGCAGUGUCUGGUCAGAGGAGACAUUUGUGACUGGAUUUCAUUCUAUGUGAACACUGAGAAACAACUGAUCAUCGCAAUCGUGUUGUCUUAUCUUUCCUGAACAGAUAACCAUAACACCGACAUACGAUAAUUACAAGCAGCAUCGACUACCGUCUUUCUUUUGGAAAAAUACUCUGAGGACAGGUACUGUGCAGCUGGUAUGUUUUUAAUUAGUUAUAUGUCUUGAGAGUUUUCGUAAAAGAAGAAUCAGGGUUGCGCUACUGACUGUACGAUGCAAACGCCAGCCUCUAUGGUGAUGGGGAUUGUCUUUGCCCCUUUGGGAUUGGUCCUUGUCUUCACUGCCGCCAUCACCCCUCAGUGGAGAGAGGGACAGGCACGUCUGAGCCUGGCGGGGUCGGGGUCAUUUCUUCGGGCGGCACUGAAAGGUCAGGGGACGGGCGGCAGAUCAGCGGAGGCGCUGCUCUUGCUGCGCUCUGAUGGACUUUGGGAGAGCUGCCUUCAGGUGGAGCACCCCGAGCUGAAGCAGUGCUGGCCUGUGGCAGGUCCGUAUCAGAGAGACCCGAGGGUUCGCCUGGCACAAGGUUUGAUCCUGACCUCGUUGUUCCUGUGCGGCACUGGCAUUGUCCUGGCGUGCAUCGGGGUCCGCUGUUGGAUGGAUAUACCUCUGAGAGGUGUAUCAGCUACAGGUGGACUCCUGGUGGUGAUGGCCGGGCUGCUGAGCUUCACUGCACUCGGGGUGUACACCCACAACCUUGAAAGACUGGGGAUGGCAGCUCCAAGUCAGGGGAUCAACAACCCCAGGUUCCCCCAGCUCCGCCUGCAUCGGGGCGGCUCGCUCUACUUUGGCUGGCUGGGUUCAUGUUUACAGAUGCUGGGAGGCAGCGCUCUGCUGUUCAGCUUCAAGCGACCAAGAUACCCGACCUGCCCGUCCUGCCCAGAGCUACCUGUCUGCCCUGCGUGUCGUUCAUGUCCAGAGAUCACCAACAAGCCAGACACGGAUGUAUAUGAAGUCAGCUGUUAGAAUAUGAAGCUGACAAUUAAAAGGAGAAUUUGGCACCUUAUAUGUGGAUGUCCAAUCAGUGUUGAUGGUGAUGUAGAUAAUUAAAGCUAUAAAUUCCUCAGCGUGUGCUAUAUUGACAGAGAAAGUUGAUUUCUCCUGCUCGCGGAGCCGUGCCGGUAGUGCCGACAUGUACCAGGAUGUGUUGACCACAAGCUUCUGUCCAACGUCACCUCUAUGCUCCCUCUACCUCGUCACUCCAUUCAGCAUAUGUAUAAGUUUCCCUCCAAACGAAAUUGAAAAUGCAGUUUAGUUGUAUGGGAACGUCAUUUUUAGGAGACAGGGCUGCACAUUCACCGUCACUCCGUUACACUACUCCUGCAACCAGUCGGUUUUUGCUCCUGGCAGGUAAAAUGCAUCCUCUGCGCUCAUAUUUUGGGAUGCCAUUUUUUCGAAGUUUGCAAAAUAAGCAAAGAGAACAAGAGUUCUGUUUUUGAGCGACAUCUAGACCACGCCCCUUGCUACACAGAGAAAUCCGAGCUGAAAUAGCAGCCUGUAUUCUUCCUUGUCAUCAACUACGUCAUUGUCAUGCCUAUGCUGGAUGCAGGAAGAACAAUGAUGAUGUUGCAGCUGCGAACUCAGCUUUCUCAGUAAAUAUAGCACGCACUGAGGGAUUUAUUGCUUCAAUCGACUACAUUUACCAUCAACACUAAUUCCACAUAAAAGACGCCAAAUUCUCCCUUUAAAACAUGGGUAAAGAUGAACAAAUCUGGACACGUUGAAUCUUAUUAAAGUCACUUCCAACUCAACAGCUGAUAAAUCUGCCAACUAAUGAAAUGAGUCAAUUCAUAAAUGACUGUGAACCACAGGUCAUUACCACUACCUGAUUAAUGGACCUGUUGGGUAAGAACAUGAUGGAUGUACGGUACAGUAAUUGCCUUGAAACGUCAUUUUUUGGGGGUGUAAAAUACAAAGAAGUACAAAGAAGUUCAUCAUGGUUGAAAAGAGCUCAAGUUCCUGCUGCCUUUAACUGCAACAUGUAGUGAAACGUGACUGAAGGGUCUCUCUGUUCUGCCUUUUACAUUUGUAGCCAUGCCUUUGUACUGUUAGCAAGAAACAUGACAUGUUUGUGUGUCCGAACAAAACUGUGAAAUGUAAAAUAUAUUUGUGAUAAAUUAUAAGUUGCUUAGAUAGUGUUAGGGCUUUGAAUAAGAAAAAUUGGACAAGCUUGUUUUAGAUCUCGUAAUAGAUUACCAAUGUACAUUUUUAAAGACUUGCUUUCAUCUGUACUUUUUACAUUGAUGGAAAUCCGUCUUUCUUUGUAAAUAUGGUUCUUUGGAGCGGAGAAAACAAUGAUGAAUGAUUUUCUCCAAAAGUAUUUGCAAUCUACUUUCAAUAUUUUCUCCAUUAAGUCGCUGCGAGCAAUUAAAAAGACCGAUUUUAGAAGUCAAAUUACUGAAAGAACAUUCGAAAUAAUAAUUACCUUCACUAAGGAGCCUUCAUCUGAUGAAUGUAAUAUUACUCUCUUGAUAACACGGACAGCGAGGAGACAAAAGGUGUUUGAGGAGGAGGACGAUGUACAACAGGGUGUUUGUUCUUUGUAAAUUAUCCGUCGGUGUUUACUUGUUAAAGUGUGUUCAUACUUGGUGGUGCAUUGAAUAAAACAUUUCAGCAACAUA